CUUCCUUAACAUCUCAAUGACUAUAGCACUGCCCACGAGCUAACUGUAUUUUCACUUAGUUCGUUGUAAACACCCAGUUACGUCUGUGCAGCUCUUGGGUGUAGGCAUAUUGAACAAAGAUGGUCAUGAAAAACCUUUUCCUGAUAUUAGCAGUGUUUUUGUUCGUGGUCAAGAGCCAGCAAAAUCCUGUGGUUUCCAUGCAUCCCUCAUUCAAACAAGUCUACUCUGGGGAUAGCUUUAACCUAAGCUGUGACAACAGCACGGAUACGGUAAAAUGGUUCUUCAACAGCACGGAAGAUGUAGAACAAGUCAACCAGAUAUGGAGCAUUGGUGCUGCCUCCACUAAGAACUCCGGCGUAUAUCAGUGUGAAAGCAAUGGACAGAAGAGUGACCCCAAAAAUAUUUCAGUUCUGGAGUGCCUUCCACCUGCCGGUCUGAUCAUCAGCUCCGGCAUGCCUGUCGUCACCCCAAUGGGCUCAGUAGUCCUGGAACUAGAGGUGGAUGAUGGCCUGGAGGGAUGGUGGUGUUCCGUGUCCAAGGGGUUGAAAGAAACCAAACUCAGGCUCAAAAAGUCGCUGGCAACCGCCAGCGCAACAUCACUUGCCUUUCAAAGCCUAAGACAGAGGGAUAAUGUCGCCAUCUACUGGUGCAGUAACAGAACCCAGAGGAGCAGUCCAAUCUCCAUCUGGCGCUCAGACAAAAUGGUGGUGCUGGACAUACCACCUGGGCCUGCUGUUUUAGGAGAGAAAUUGAGUCUGAAUUGUAUGGUCAGAUGGACAUCUCGUAUUAGCCAAACUAUAUUCUACAAGAAUAACAUAGAAAUCCAAAACUAUUCCAGUUCUUCUUAUGUUAUUCACUCUGUGACCGAGAAGGACCAGGGGAAAUACCACUGUAGGGCUACCUAUAUAUUAGAGGACAACACCAGUGGAAUCCCAGCAAUCGUCACCUCAGACAGUCAAGAACUGUUUGUCACAGCAUCGCCUCCAAAGGCAUUUCUCUCUGGUGACCUGUCCUGUUCCUGCUCCAGCUGCCCCAGUAGCGUCAACUAUCGAUGGUACCACCUGGAGUCCAAUCAGCUUUGGAAACUUCAAAGAAAAGAUGACUGGCCGGCUGGUACUUAUAAAUGCAGAGCAGUGUGGAAUUGUGGCAGGAGUGCAAUGAGCAACUUUCAGGUAAAGAGUUCAUCAUCUUAUAACAUCGUGAUCAUCAUCAUCAUUGCUCUGAUCCUUGUGCUGCUUGGUGUGAUCACGUUGUAUUUUAUUAAACGGAGGAGGACUGAUAAAGCCAUCUACCAAGAUGUUCCAGUGCAGUAUGUGAAGGAUGGGGACGGAGGGUACCAGGAGCUCAGCAAAAAAAGAAGUGAUGUUGGAGGUGGAGAUUACGAUACACUAAACACAACUUCAGCAGAAGGAAAACCAAAACAUGAGGGACAGUACGAAGCUUUGAAUAAAGGGAAAGUAGAGGUGUACCAUACCUUGGGGGAGGAAGGGGCAAAGACCGGGGACAAGGGGUAUGAGGCUUUGAAGGUGUCCAAAGAUGAGGGUGCGGAGGGUAUUUACCAUGCGUUGGGGCCAGAUGGGGUAAAAGACGGGGCUGGGGGAGAUGGGGGGUAUGAAGCUUUGAAGAUGUCCAAAGAAGGGGGAGUGGAAGAUCCUUAUCAUAAGUUAGGGGCAAAAGGUGUAAAAGACGAGGUUGGGGGUGGUGAUUAUGAAUUUGUGAAGAUUCCCAAAGAAGGGGACGCUGAGGAUCGGGUUAAAGAGUGAGUGUGAGAUGAAGUGUUGAAAAAAGCGGAACAGGGAGAAGCCAGUGAACUGAAGAGAGAGACUGAAGGGUGUUUUAUGUACCAAGCUGAAUCUACUCAAGCUUUUGUUAUUUUUUAGCUUCUGUAAGCUUCACAAACCAGCUCAUACUGCCCAGUAAUUAGCCAAUUCUGUUUAUGUAAUUCUGCCUGAGCAUUUUUCGAAAUGUCUGUUUAAUUCAGAAGUUUGUAGUGUUGUAUAAUAUAUUUUUUACAAUUUUAUUUAUAUAUAUAUAUAUAUAU